CUAAACGUAAAGCUAGACUCAGUCUCCGUUUCUGUUUUGAGUGAUCCUGUUGAAAGAGAGAGAGGAACUGACUCAAAGUUAGAAUUAUCGAGUGGCCAUUGAGAUAACAAGCUUCUUCCAUCUUGUAGUUUGUCAACUAAGUCGCAUAAACAAUAAUCAAGCACAGGACCAGGACUACUUCUAUUAGUGACAGGACUAGUACUUGUAAUUCUAGUGAAAAGCAACUUAUUACUCCAGGAACUUCUACUCCACCCCGAUUACAACAGAUCUCAACUUCUACAAGCUUUAGAUUUAUUGGAGGUCAACAUCAAUAGGUUUCAAAACGGAGCUACGUCCACCUCUACAAUUACAACUACAAAUAUGACGAUGUUUCCACCUCCCCGAAAAGUCCACCAAGUCCUUCUCGCGACAACUGCCAUCUUGUCCAUAUUACCUGAAGGCAUUCUGGCGGAUGAUGGUCCACCCUCACCUGAGUGGCGAAAGGCGUACACGAUGCCCGUCGAUCACUUUGAUGACCGAGUGGGUAGAAAAACCUUUGAAAUGCAGGUCUUGGGAUACGGGAAACACUCCAAACCGGAUGUUAUGAGUUGAUGUUGUCGUGAACAUGAACAAUUGCAAUUUGAAAUACUAACUGCUCCCAACGUUGAGUGUGUGAUCUGACACUUCUUGUUACAGUAAAAUUGAGAUGUACUUGUCGAGCUGAGUCAAUAUCUUCUACAUCUCACAUUUGUUACCGAUCAUUGAGGCCCGACUACAAGUAGAAGCACAACCACUAGCACUACCACCACCACCCCAUCACAGUCACCUUACACGUUCACGACAAACGACUUCCCUCUCUCCUUCUCUUAAGAUGAAAUAACCUGUUCAACGUGCUCAUCAAGUUCAGGAUCAUGGGGUUUCUGGAACAACUUUUUAUACAUAAGUGCAUCCUAUAACUAUAUCGCUAUUCAAAUCCUCCUCCCGCCUCUAAUCUCCGUCCAAUUUUUUUCUAUGCUGGAAAUGAAGGCCCUAUCGAUGGCUUUUGGGAUAAUACAGGCCUGCCCUUUGCCUGGGCUCCUGACUUCAAUGCUGACAUCGUCUUUGCGGAACAUCGGUAUUUUAUGGGUUGGAGCAGGUUUCCCUAGUGCUAUCGAAGUACUUCUCGAAAGCUGAUAAUAAAAUCGAGUAGCUAACUCAAAUAGCCGAGUAUCUGAGAAGAUUACUCUCUUCAGUUAGUCGCUGACUUCAGUUUUUCGCAUAGCAAAUACUACCCAUGAAGUGAACUUUUCAAGAAGGGACAAAGAGAUGUAUCUCAUGACUUGCGAAUCUGCAUAGAUUGGGAUUGUUAUUUAGAAGUACUCAUCCUGAUCAUAAAGAUCAGGAGACUGGAAUAAGGAGCGAACUGAUCAAGCGGUAAUAUGAGUAACGGAAUCCGGUAUCUAAUUCCUAUGGCAAGUCUUUGCCUUUUGGAGAGGACUCAUUCUCUUCUCCAGACAAGAUGCGGUUUCUACGGGUCGAGCAAGCUUUAGCAGACUACGCGGCUUUCAUGAUGAAGUAUAAUACGGGAUGUCAAGAACAAGGAUUCCCUUCUGUUGAAGGGAAGACGAUGAAAUUGAAAAGUUCUUCAGGGAGGUUUAAUCUUCCUCCCUGUCGGCAAGUUGUUGUUUUUGGUGGUAGCUAUGGCGGGAUCUUAGCGAGCCUCUUGCGCCAGAAGUACCCGACGUUAUUUCACGCGGCGAUCGCAGCUUCGGCGCCGAUUCCUCAAGCAUUUUACAUGAUUAUGGAACAGUACGGGAACAGAAACAGUACUUCUAUAAUGUGCAUAUAAGGAUGCAUAUAAUUAGAAAUACAGUGCAUACCCGUCUAAGGACUGGGUAUAUCAUCAUCAUCAUGCUGUGAUAGAAUUAUGACAAGAAUAGAUUCAGGUCCAACUCCUGCUGUGGUGAAGUCAUCUUCCAACCCAAUUCCACCCUUUCAGUGCUUGAUGAAAAAAGGCAAUUCUUCUAAAACAGCAUCCCCGACUUCUGAGAAGUGGUCCACCUCCGAAGUUGGUUUUUCCUCUUCUAGUUUCUACGAAUCGAUUACCCACUCUGCGAAAAUGGCAAGUGAAACCUGCCCAGUUAAAGUUAGGGACGCGUUCCAGAAGUUGGAAGACACCUUUGGUCGUGGUCACGAGCACGAGCUGGAGAACGUCCGCAAAACGUUCAAUCUGUGUCAGAAAGUAUGAAACAAAGUUGCGAUCCUCUUCUAUCGGUAAUUAUUAAUGGUUCUGGUAUUUGGUAACCUGAGUUUGAUCCUAAGGGAAAACAAGAAGAGAACCCUUAGGAUCAAACUCAGGUUACCAAAUACCAGAACCAUGCAAAUAAAUAUAGAUGCGCACUCUUCUAAUCGCAGAGCUGAAGAGCUCCGAAUGGUCGCAUUUUAUGCAGUAUGCGCGCAACGCUUGGACUAUGGCCGCGAUGUGUGAUUACCCGUAUCCAACAUCGUUUUUGGCUCCCUUGCCUGCUAAUCCUAUCAAGACGAUCUGCGGUAUGGUCGAUAGUGCGAAGACCACCAUUGAAGGCCUGGCUGCGGCUGUUAGUCUGGUGUAUUAAGGCGGCUUCUGGAAGUUGUGUGACUGUGACAUCAACAAUUUGCAAGGAGCAAACUGAAACUGUUGAACAGAUAAAGAACAGAUUCAUUUUUGAGCCUUUACUUUCAUCUUUCGUCGAGGGUGCAUGGUAGUUAAAAUCUGAUCAAGUAUAAGCCAGCACGUUGACGACGUUCUCCUUACUAGCUCCGGGUGAAAGCAGGAAGGUUCUUGUACCUCUAAUUUGAUGGUGGUUCAUCUGCGAGAAACAAAACUUCUUCCACGAAGUUCUUCGGCACUAAACACCAAGGCGCGGCUACGUGCCUUGACAUGUAUUCGUUAUUUGUAGAAUGUGCGGACCAAACAGGCUGCGGAACCGAUAACGAUGCGAAAAUUAAGGGACGACUGUUCUUGGAAAUUCGUUGUUUUUCUCAUCCUCUGAUAUUAGUACUAUAGGAAUCAUCAAGUCUUGUUGAUGUUGAGAGUUUUGAGGAGAAAGAGGUAAACCCUUGAUACCUAUUGCUGAAGUGCAUUACUAUUACUUAAGAUUUUUGACCCUCUAUUAGGUUCACAAGAUUACUUAGCGCAACCUCGUCUAUUGUCUUUGUCCACUUCUAAUCCAAGUUGGGAUUACCAAAUGUGUGCGGAUAUGACGAUCAUUGUCGCCAGCAACGGAAAGAGUGACAUGUUUGCGCCCAGAGAAUGGGGCUUCAAGAACUUGACGGAUUAUUGUCUCUCAAAAUAUGGCGUGCAACCGAGACCUACAGAAAUGGCAGGCAGACUUGGAGCGUACUACAGCUAUGAGAGUUGUUCCAUGCUUUCAAUUUAGUGAUGAUUUUUCUAUUCGUCGACCUAUAGUCCUGCCACCCUCUAAUAUCUACUUUUACGUCUACAAUUAUGAGUAAGAAAAUACAAUGUGGAUGAAAUAGAAAUACUGUGGAUGAAAUAGAAAUACUUCAACAUGAUAUUUUAUUUAUAACAAAAUCAUCAAAUUCAAUCUUCAGGUGGCAAUUCGAGGCUUUUCCGGAAUCGACUUCGAAUAUCGUAUUUUCGAACGGCCUUCUCGAUCCUUGGCAUCCAGGCGGCUACUUGAAGAACCUCACUGAUAGCGUCGUUGCUUUGCAAAUUCUUAAGAGAUGAGCUUGAGCAGGAGAGUGUUUAAUAUUAAUAAGUAAAUAAUUGAAGUAAGUCUAGCAGUAGUGACUACUAGUAGUCUACCAGGCAGUAGUAACAAAGUCAUUGUUAAAAAAAAUCGUCUUCACGCAACCUCCUUAGCAACGUAGUUGUCCUUGUCGAAGUUCCGGAGUUGAGUGUGGGACACUCAAGCAAAAGGACAUACGAGUAAACGAUGAAUUUGCUUAGACAAGAACUGUGGUUGCACUAUCCCAUUUUUAUCUAAAAUCGGUGUUAGGGCUCUCCUUCUUGGAGGUACUGUAUCACUGAAUUAUGGCCUCGUAGAUAGACACUCAUUUCUAUAAAAAAGGCACUAUGAUUGAGAUGACAUGACAUGACCACCGCUAAUACCUCAUCUGGCGCGCAUCAUCUCGACCUGCGCUUGCCCAACAAGGACGAUCCAACAGACGUCCUGGCUAUCCGUGAGACAGAGAAAACGCUAGUGAAGCAGUGGUUGGGCGUGGGGAAUGCAGCAGUACCAGAACAGAUGGACAAUACCAGAGCGAGCGAUACUGUCGUGGAGCAAUGGCUCUGA